AUGGCAAUGUCCUGCCGGUAUGCGACGCAGAGCUGCGCUCGCCAAUUGCGCUCUGUCUACUCUGCUAGAGCCCCUGCACAGAUGCUUCAGAUCGCCUCGACGACAAGAAGGUUCAACUCAACUGAGGCCGCUCCGACGAACCCCAAGAUUGCCGAGAUUGUCGAUCAGAUCAGCCGGUUGACUCUGUUGGAGACUGCCGAUUUGGUAUCAAGCCUCAAGAGCAAAUUGAACAUCCCCGAUAUGCCAAUGGGUGGCUUCGCCGCUGCCGCUCCCGCCGCCGCCCCUGCCGCUGAGGGCGUCGCAGACGCCGCCCCUGCUGCUGCCGAGAAGUCCCUCUUUACCCUGAAGCUGCAAGCUUUCGAUGCCGGCGCGAAGGCCAAGAUUAUCAAGGAGGAAGUCGAAGAAGCCGCCCCUGCUGCUGCCGAGAAGUCCCUCUUUACCCUGAAGCUGCAAGCUUUCGAUGCCGGCGCGAAGGCCAAGAUUAUCAAGGAGGUCAAGAGUCUGCUGGGACUCAGCUUGGUAGAUAGCAAGAAGUUUGUGGAGAGCGCACCUAAAAUGAUGAAGGAGAACAUCCCUAAAGAAGAGGCCGAGAAGAUUAUUGCCACCAUGAAGGAGCUUGGUGCUACUGUUGUCAUGGAGUAA